AUGGUUGGUGCCAGCACGAUGCCUCCGGGGUUUACCGCAACCGUUGGUCGGCUGGACACAUUUUGCUUGCCUGACAAGAUCACGGGUUCGGCCUAUGACCUGUCACUAGCACGUGCCAUGAUUCAGGCAUGGCGGCGAGACGGCAUCUUCCAGAUCGCCAUGUCAGCGCAGCAACAGCGCAUCUACAAGAACGCCAACGCCGCCAGCAGGCGUUUCUUCCAACGAAAGAGUGCUGAGAAGCAGCUAUGUGUCAACGACAAGAGCUACGCAGGUUACAUCGCGUCGGGCGAAGAGAUUACGCACGGCGUGGCCGAUUACUCGGAGAUUUUCACAGUGACCAAAGACCUACUGGAGGAUGACCCCAGGGUCGCUGGGAAGUGGCCGUGCCAUGGACCGUGCCCAUGGCCAGACGAGGACAUGAAGUUGAACAUGACGGCAUAUACGGAAGAUCUCUCACGCAGUGGCGACCAGCUGAUCGAGAUGAUUGAGCUGGGUCUCCACGUUCCACGGAGGUCUCUAAAGAGGUAUACCGAGGACGGCUGGCACCACAUGCGAGUACUGAGGUUUCCACACAUGGACCGAACCAACGGCAAGGGAAAGAAAGGGCGUGGCAUUGGCUCUCAUACAGAUUACGGUCUGUUGGUCAUGGCUGCGCAAGAUGACGUUGGCGGUCUCUUCGUACGGCCACCAUGCCAGGGCGAACACCACGCCAAUUGGGAGAAGAGUGCAGCCGGGCUGCGGGAGGACGAAUCUGGUUGGGUGUACGUGCCGCCAGUCCCAGGCGUCUUCACCGUCUUUCCUGGUGACAUGAUGCAGUACAUGACAGGCAGCUACCUCAAGUCGACGCCUCACAAGGUCGGCCUCAACACCAGGGAGCGCUUCGCAUUCGCCUAUUUCCACGAGCCGAACUUUACGUCCGUCAUCAAGCCCCUGCCCGGGUACGACGGUGCUGCCGAGGCGGGCGACGGCGGAAGCGAGAGCAUUCAUUACGGGACGCACUUCACCAACAUGUGCCUGCGCAACUACCCGGAUCGCAUCACAACCAAGAAGCUGCUGGGGGAAGACAGGUGCAAAAUGCUCGCCCUGCCGCAGCUGCGGCGGGAAGUGGCCCCGUCGGGCCCGUCGAGUGCCGGCGGCGGUGGUUGCGCCGGAGGUGAGGCGAUGAUGCGCGACUGUGGUGGCGGUGGCUACCCGGUACCGAGCGUCGAGAUCCCGAGCGCAUGA